AUCACCACCUUCUCCUACGAUGGGGAUCGUCGCCUUCAUCACGAUGACCGCUCUCUGAUGCAUUUCCACCUGCCUCCGCCGAACGCCGACCUCAACCGCGGUUACGGGCAGCACAUCAGCAAAGAUGAUACGCGCAACGAACAUCUCGACGCACUGUGCUACUCGCUCAUGGAGCUUGGAAGAGACGAAGCGCUCGAUCGAGCAAGGCGACGCGCUGAUGUGGUUACGUGGCGCGGGAUGGCGACGAGGAUGUGCACGGCGUUGUACGAGCAGCGCGAUGGGUGGGAGAUGAAUGCUAUGCUGGUGCAGGGGACGAUGUACAUUGAGGAGCACUUGUCGCCGCAGAUGCUCGUGGAGAAGGCGCAGCGCCGCCAAGGGCCGGCAACCUCAUCACGAGAAGAGGGACUUGCCCGUCUCACAUACCAUGGCUCCUCCUUUGAGUCCUGGUCCACUCACACGCCCAGCUCACGGCCCUUCGACUACGCGCGGGACGAUCCAUGGUCGGGCAUUCCGAACACGAAUACGCAAUGGUGCUCAGUCGUCAAGACUCGGCUCGGCUCAUCGCGCCUGAUCCUGGGCGGGGAAGUGGACUGCGUAGACGAGCGAGGGCAAAAGGUGGAACUAAAGACGAGCAUGGUGAUACGCAACGAGCGCGACACGAUGCGCUUUGAAGAGAAAAUGCUGCGCUUCUACAUGCAGAGCUUCUUGCUGGGCGUGGGGAGGGUGCUCGUCGGCUUCAGGGACGCAAAGAGUGGGAGGUUACAGGCGACGCACGACUUCUCAACGCUCGAGAUACCGAAGCUUGUCCGCGGCAAGCCGCACGCAUGGGAUCCACAGGCCGGGCUCAACCUCGCAGACGCGAUGCUCAACUUCGCACGCGAGACAAUCCUACAAGAUGAGGAGGCCAAACGAGGCGACGGCGGCGGCGAUGACAGCGAUACUGCGGAGCGGAACGCCACACCACCCGUGUACCGCCUCUCCUUCUCGCCCACCACACACACGCUCAGCGUCACCCGCCUCACACCGCAGCAAGUCAGCAACGAAGUUGUAGGAAAAGGAGAGGGAGAUAUCGAACGCGUCGGCUUCCUUCCCGCGAGCUUCUACGAGUGGGCGAUGCAGCGGCAGCGGCCGGAGGCCUGA